GGCGGACGGCGGACGGGGAGGCUCCGGCGCCUGCUAUACGGCGUCGGGGCUCUAGGUGUCCUGCCUGGGAGGGUCCCUGCUGCAUUGCAGCCUCCGCGCCGCUCCGUCUCUGGCGCACACAAUGGCGACUCCCAGCCCCAGCAGCGGCUCCGGCUCGGGCGGCGGGAGCGGGCCGGGCCCCGGCGGCCCGCCGGCACACGCGGCCGUCAGCAGCAUGCAGGGCUUUCAGAUAAACUUCUGUGGAAAGGCACAAAGUAAACGCAAAGCGCUGAAGUUAAAUUUUGCAAAUCCACCUUUCAAGUCCACAGCAAGAUUUACUCUAAACACUUCUGGAGUUCCUUUCCAAAAUCCACACAUUGAUAUACAAGCAACACUGGGUAGUAAUCACAUUGUCCCGUUCAGUUUCAAAAGGAGAGAAGCGGACCUCAUCCAGAAACUUUCCAGCAGGCUACAAGAGAGACUGAGAACACACAGCAUUGAAUCAUCAGGAAAAUUGAAGAUUUCCCCUGAACAGCAUUGGGAUUUUACAGCAGAGGACUUGAAAGACCUUGGAGAAAUUGGACGAGGCGCUUAUGGUUCUGUCAACAAAAUGGUCCACAAACCAAGUGGGCAAAUUAUGGCAGUUAAAAGAAUUCGGUCGACAGUGGAUGAAAAAGAACAGAAGCAGCUUCUGAUGGACCUUGAUGUAGUAAUGCGAAGCAGUGACUGCCCGUAUAUUGUUCAGUUUUAUGGUGCGCUCUUCAGAGAGGGUGACUGUUGGAUCUGUAUGGAGCUCAUGUCUACCUCGUUUGAUAAGUUUUACAAAUAUGUAUAUAGUGUAUUAGAUGAUGUUAUUCCAGAAGAAAUCCUAGGCAAAAUCACUUUAGCUACUGUGAAAGCACUAAACCACUUAAAAGAAAACUUGAAAAUCAUUCACAGAGAUAUCAAACCUUCCAAUAUUCUUCUGGACAGAAAUGGGAAUAUUAAACUCUGUGACUUCGGCAUUAGCGGACAGCUCGUAGACUCCAUUGCCAAAACACGGGAUGCAGGGUGCCGACCAUACAUGGCGCCGGAAAGGAUAGAUCCCAGUGCCUCUAGGCAAGGUUAUGAUGUCCGCUCAGAUGUCUGGAGCUUGGGAAUUACAUUGUAUGAGCUUGCCACAGGGCGAUUCCCCUACCCCAAGUGGAACAGUGUGUUUGACCAGUUGACACAAGUAGUAAAAGGAGACCCACCACAGCUGAGUAACUCAGAGGAAAGGGAAUUCUCCCCAAGUUUCAUCAACUUCGUCAACUUGUGCCUUACAAAGGACGAGUCCAAAAGGCCAAAGUAUAAAGAGCUUCUGAAACAUCCCUUCAUUCUGAUGUAUGAGGAACGCACAGUGGAUGUUGCAUGCUAUGUUUGCAAAAUCCUGGAUCAAAUGCCAGCAACUCCCAGCUCUCCAAUGUAUGUCGAUUGAUAUUGCUGCUACAUCAAACUCUAGAAAAAGGGCUGAGAGAAAACAAGCUGUAAAGAAUUUUCAUCACAUAUUGCAGUGUUUUUAAUGCUCGCCCAGACACCAUGUGCAAUAAUAUUGGUGUUAUUUCCAUCCUGUCUGUAUAAUGUUGUCACAUAUAAGUGCAUCCCUGUAAUACCUGAUCACACAGUGUUAGUGUUGGUCAAAGAGAGACCUCAUCUGCUCUUUUGUGGACAUAUUCAUGAAAUGUGGAAAUAAGUACAUUUAUUUGUUGACCGUGAUUGGAUAGCACCUAAAAUUCAUUUCUAGACUCAAAACCUGGGGACUUCUCAGCAGCUACUGGAAAGAUUUUUCUCUCAAACUCUUCCAAUUGUUGUUUCAAGUAAUAAUAAAAAGCAAACAAACAAAAGUUAGGCGUUGUCUGUCUGAACAUUAAGAGACUUUGCCUGGAGGGAGAAGAACUUGCUUAGCCAACGAGAUACUUUGCCUUCUGGAGCUAGAAAGGCAAAGGAGAAUUUUAUUCUUCACAAAGUGCAAUAGAUUUACUGCUAUGAAAUUCUGUUGCUUUACAGUCGCUGUGUACUUUCUGGGGACAGUGUGCUCAGCUGACCUUCCUGUUAAAGAGAGAUCAUGUUUAAAUAUAGUGAAUAUGUCUUUACCAAAAAUACAUUGCAUUGAAAGAGGCUAACAUUAAACUAUUCAGAGAUGGGACAUAAUGUAUUCUUUCUCCUUUUACCAAGCCAGCCACUCUUCACUCUUAACUAGGUGUCCUGUAAAUUGUUACCUGGUAAGAUAAGACCUAAAGAAUUAUUAAACUACUCAAU